AUGUCUGAGUCAUGGCAAAGCAGUCUCUGCGGUUGCGGAUGUGGAUCUUGUCUACUGGGCACCUUCUUGCCCUGCCUGAUUGCCGGCCGCACAAAAUCUAGACGUGAAGAUCCCUCAAACCCAUCCCCUGACAUGUGCAAUGGUGACUGCGCCGUCUACGGUCUGCUGCACGUCAUUGGAUGCAGUUGGAUCUUCACCAUGAUUAGGCGAGGAGAUAUCCGAGGGCAGUACAACAUCCAAGGGAGCGGAUGUGGCGAUUGUUGCACCUCCUUUUGGUGCCCCUGCUGUGCAACCAUUCAGAACGACAAUGAGGUAAAGGAGCGACUCCUUUCCUCAAGGCCGGUCGAGCAGGCCUAUCAGCCCCAAAAAGGCAUGCAGGUACCUGGCCAUCAGUAG